AUGACUACCCUCGAUUUACCCAUCGCUGUCCAGCUGCCGUCUAAUGGCUGCGUCUAUGAGACUGUCCCCCAUAGGACUUCCUACAACACAGGUUCAACAAUACCCCAAGACGAUGCCCUGCAUCACCAGGGUACCAUCGCCCCCGCGAAAAAAUCGGAAUGCCCUUCGCCCUCGACCCCAGAAAGAAAGUACGAUAAUCCACACAAUCGCUGGAGACCGCGCUACCACCUCAUGCCGCCGACUGGCUGGUUAAACGAUCCUUGUGCGCCAGGCUAUGAUUCCUUCCACGAUGUAUAUCACGUUGGCUUCCAGUGGAACCCUAAGAAACCAGAAUGGGGCGAUAUCUCUUGGGGAAGCGCGCUUUCAAAGGACAUGGUGUUCUGGGAAACCGGUUCCCUUCCCUCUAUUGAACCGUCAAAAAAGCAUGAUAGGGAGGCUGGAGUCUUCACAGGCUGUUGGAGUCCUGUAACCUCGAUACCUGGACGCAGCACUGCAUUCUACACCUCAGCAGGGGUGCUUCCCAUUCACCAUACAAUCCCAUACAAAUGGGGUUCAGAAGCAAUUUGCGUUGCCACAUCAGGCGACGCUGGUCGUACGUGGCAAAGGGGACAUGCGCCAACAGUUCUAAGGGGCCCUCCUCGUCAUCUCCAAGUCACAGGCUGGCGUGAUCCAUACGUUGCCAAGUGGCCUUCACUUAGCCGGGUCUUGGGCGAGGAGUCAGAUGAAGUGUUGUUUGGCAUUGUCUCUGGUGGUGUUCGAGAUGCUGGUCCCGCAGUCUUUCUCUAUUCUCUUGAUCAAAACGACUUGACGACCUGGAACUUCCUCUCUGUGCUCACUGUAGCACCAACAUUUCGAGAUGCACAUGUUUCGCAAUGGGAGCCCGAUUAUGGUGCAAACUGGGAAGUUGUCAACUUCGUUUCGCUCCCUGACCCUGAUGAUGCAGCAGCAAGUCAUGAGGUAUUGAUCAUUGGCGUUGAGGGGCGUAAACAAUACCCUAAUGAGACUUCUGGCCGGCAUCGACAUUCAGAAUUCAGAAGAGAUCACGGCCAGAUGUGGGUUUCGGGUAGCUUGACGAAGACAUCAGCAGAGAUGCAGAUGCAGUUCCGUUCUGGCGGUGCUCUGGAUUACGGAGCCAUUUAUGCUGUCAACUCCUUCCACGAUCCAAGAUCCAACCAGCAAGUUGCGUUUGGCUGGAUUGUUGAAGAAGAUCUCUCUGCAGAGCUGAGGGGGGCACAAGGAUGGGCCGGACUGUUAUCGGUCCCGAGAAUCAUACAGCUAGUCAGGAUACGUCAUGUCGUCCAUGCAUUGAAGUCGGAUUUGACAUCUAUCAAGUCAUUUGACGUGGUGCCAGAAGACAAGCCGCAGCAGAAAGUACUGUUUCCUAUUAGGUCUCCGCAGACCUAUACGAUCACGACAAUAUGUGCUUUACCAGACCCUAGGCUUAACAAACUUCGUCAAAUUCAGCGAUUCUUGGGUCCCAUCACCAAUCACAGCUUGCCUGAGGCUCUGGGGAGCUUGGACUUCCCGCUCGGAUGCUCUUGCUGGGAGUUCGACGUGUCGUGCGAUGUUGGCAAUGAAGUACAGAGUAUCGGCUUUAUAAUAAGCCACACAAGAAAUUCGGAACUGCGUACCGUCGUCUCGUUCAGUCCUGACUCGGAGACGCUUAAAAUCACGCGAGCUCAAUCUACCAAUAUGGCAGACAUAUGCGUCGCGGAUGAAGAGGCACCACAUACCCUCUUUUCAACCUUGUCUCCUGGAACUGCUGCAAGAGCUGAGCCGUUUUCUGCACAGGAGCCCUUGCGACUCAAUGCAUUCUUUGAUGUGAGUUGUCUAGAGCUUUUCGCCAAUGAAAGGACGGCAAUUACUACGCGACUGUACCCGGAAAGUAUGGCCUGCUAUAACAUUCAGCCAUUUGUGGUAACAAAUGGCGAGCGCCCAUGGUCCGGUCAGCUGCUUAAGUGUACAGCGUGGGAGCUAAAGACUUCUCGCUAUGAGGUUUAG